CGACCGCGUAGGUACGUUGAAUCGAAAACAAUAAUGUUGGUGGGUGCUACUGGAACUGGAAAAAGUACGUUUGUUGAUGGUAUCAUAAACUAUUUGUUAGGUGUAACAUGGGAAGAUCCUUUCAGGUAUACGAUUAUUGACUUAGAGGCUGAAGAGAAAGGUCGCAUUCAAAAUCAGGCUGUAUCUCAAACAGAAUGGAUUACAUGCUACACUAUCAACCCUGAAGAAGGAAGUCGGCUAUCAUACCAGUUGCAUAUAAUUGAUACACCGGGGUUUGGAGAUACGAGAGGACUAAAGAGGGAUCAAGAAAUUGUUGGUCAAAUCCGCCAGCUUUUUUCAGACACUGGACCGAAGGGAGUAUCGUGCAUCAAUGCAGUAUGUUUUCUUAUCAAAGCACCUGACGCACGACUUACUGCAAUUCAAAGCUAUAUAUUCCAGUCAAUCAUGUCCUUGUUUGGUAAAGAUAUUGAGAAGAAUAUCUGUUCAUUAAUUACAUUUGCAGACGGAAGUGACCCGCCAGUUUUAGCUGCGCUGAAAGAGUCAGAAAUGCCUUUUGGAAAAAACUUUACGUUUAACAAUUCGGCAUUAUUUGCUACAAACUCCGGCAUGGAAAAUCAAAGCUUAUCUCCAAUGUUUUGGAACAUAGGUUUGGCAAGCUUCUGUGCAUUUUUUAACCAUCUAGGGCAGAUGAUUCCUCAAAGUCUUCAGCUGACAAAGGAUGUCUUGCUUGAAAGAUAUCGAUUAGAAGCUAUAGUGAAUGCGAUGAAAGAUAAUCUCGAUGCUGGGCUACAGAUGGUUGAGGUAUUGAAGAGCGAAAAGAAUGUAUUACAGCAACACAAAACGGCAAUGGAAGCAAACAAAAAUUACGAGGUUGAAGUAACAGAGCCAAUCGAAAUCAAGACAUUAAUUCCAGGUCGAGUCCAUAACACAAAGUGUGAUAACUGUUAUGUGAAAUGCCACCCGCACUGUGUUUUUGAAGACAACGAAGAAAAACGGUUCUGUUGGGCUAUGGACGGUAACGGUAAAUGCAGAAUAUGCCCAGAUAAGUGUGAGUGGACAGCACAUAAGAAUGAUGCAUUCACUCACACCCAUGGGACAAGAAAGGUAAUGAAAACGCUAAAUGAAUUGAAAGAUAAGUACAAUGACGCCAGCGGAAAAGCAAAAAGCCAUGAAGAAAUGGUAGCUAAGAAUGCAGCUCGACUUCAGGAAUUAACAAACAAUAUAGAAGACAUGAUGCUUCUUGUAAAAUUUUGCAAUGAUAAAUUACAAGACAUAGCACUUAAAACAAACCCAUUAACAAUGACGGAACAUAUUGACCUUAUGAUUGAAAACGAAAAACUGACAAAAAGAGAAGGGUACAUAAAGAGAAUAGAGGUUUUAAACGAGUUUCGUAAAGAUGCUGAAGUUCACAAAGAAGUCGAAGUAUUCAAAAGAGUUGCUGAUGUAGAACUCGGAGAGACCUGCAGCGAAAAGAAAAAGGAAAAACGGCCUAUGGACAGCAAGUCUGUAUUACAGAGAGUCGCAAAGUGGUUUUUGAAACAUAUUCCUGGUUAUUCAAUUUAAAAUGGGAUGCACUGA